CCGACAAUUAGCGCUGGCCGACGUUAUGCGACACCCAGCUCCACAAGAGCCAUAAUCUCCCCAAGAAGUACCUAUAAAGGCCCCUAGCAAGCCAUCCUGCCACGGAGAAAGAACUCACCCCCUUUCCUCGCCAAACCAAAUCACCAACAACCCCUUUGCCAUCAGAACUGAACUUACUUACCUACCACCAUGGCCUCCACCAUGGCCUCCACCGCGGCAACCAACCCCCCCUCAACCUCACCCUCCUCCCUCUCAGCCCUCGCUUCGUCCUUCAAAGCCCUGCACAUCCCCGGCAACCCCCUGCUACUUGCCAACGUCUACGACACCGUCUCAGCACGCAUCGUAGCCUCACUCCCCCAAUGCCGCGCCCUCGCAAGCGCAAGCUUUGCCAUGGCUGCCUCGCAGGGCGUUACCGACGAGCAGCUGACGCUGGACCAGAACCUGGCCGCGGUCGCGCCCAUCGCGGCCGUGGCGAGAGAGCAUGCCCUGCCGCUUACGGUGGAUAUCCAGGACGGGUACGGUGACCGGCUGGAAGAGGUUGUGAGAAGGGUGAUUACUGAGUUGGGCGCUGUCGGGGUGAAUUUGGAGGAUUCGUGGCAUGAGACGGGGGAGAUGAUGGAUGAGGAUGUGGCGGUUGAGAGGGUGAGGAGGGUGUUGGCGGUUGCACGGGGGUUAGGGGUGGAGGAUUUUGUGGUGAAUGCGAGGUCGGAUGCGUUUCUUAUGGGUGGGGAGAUGGAGGAGUCAAUUAAGAGGGGGAGGAGGUAUCUUGAUGCUGGGGCGACGACGGUGUUUGUGUUUUGGCCGAGGACGGCGGAGAUGGUGGAGGCGGAUGUGAAGAAAGUUAUUGAUGGGCUGGGGGGGAAGGUGAAUAUUGGGCUGAGGCUGGGCAAGGGGUUGACGAGUGCUGAUGUCGCGAGGUUGGGCGCUGCGAGGGUGAGCGUGGGACCGCAGUUGUACCUUGCUGCUGUUGAAGCAGUUAAGGGUGCGGCGAAACAGGUGUUUGGGGUUGUUGAGUGAUGG